CUAGGGCGAUUCAAAUGCUGAUUCGUCUAACCUGCCUUCUUAAUGAAGAUUUGAAGCUUAUAUCCGACGUAUAAAGGAGUGCAGGUAACUCCCUAUGCAUCUCCAUGAUUAGGAACGAUCUCGGGUUUACCUCGGAGACGAGCUCGGUAGAAGUCCGGAACUGGGGAUAUUGUACGCCACCUCCGCACUCCAUGUCGUGAUACGUUUGCCAGUCUUAUCUUUUGGCAAGUGUUUUCAGGACUGAACGUCAACGAGGUGGUCACUGAGCCCAUAAUCGACACCCACUAGAUUGUUGUUCAUCUGAUCCAGGCUAUUCAGGAUGGCGAUAGCUGCGGUAGGGCAAAUAUGCUCAACGUCCAGCAUGAUGGAUAAUCUGCUCCAAUGCCAGAAUCUGGUUCAAAAAGCAGCUUCUGCCGGAGCAAAAGCUAUCUUUUUCCCUGAGGCCAGUGAUUAUAUCGCCUCCUCGGCUGCCGAGUCCGUAUCCUUGGCCCGGUCCCUCGAGGAGAGUGACUUCGUCCAAGGCCUGCAGCGGUCCGCAAGCGAGAAUAAGAUCCAUAUCAACGUCGGAGUCCAUGCCCCGGCCGAAGGGGGCAUCAGAGUCAAAAAUCUGUUGUUGUGGAUCGAUGACAACGGGAAAAUUACCGAGCAAUAUCAGAAACUGCAUCUGUUCGAUGUCGAGAUAAAAGAUGGGCCCGUUCUACGUGAGAGCCACAGCGUGGAGAAGGGUGAUAGCAUUCUGCCUCCAUUUGACACCGUUUUGGGUAGAGUUGGCCUUGCCAUUUGCUUUGAUCUCCGAUUUCCGGAAAUCUCCGUGGCGCUGAGGCGACGGAACGCCGACAUCAUCACUUUCCCUUCGGCAUUCACUAUACCGACAGGCAAGGCCCACUGGGAAGUGCUGCUGCGAGCGCGAGCCAUUGAGACGCAAUCGUACGUCGUAGCAGCCGCUCAGGUUGGCCAGCACAAUGAGAAGCGGGUGAGCUACGGGCAUAGUAUGAUUAUAUCUCCAUGGGGUUCCGUUUUGGCCGAGUUAGGUGGUGAUUGGAACGGUGGGCCCGAGUUGGCGACAGCAGAGAUCGACCUGAGUUCAAUAGAGAAGAUAAGAAAAGAGAUGCCACUAUUGAGGAGGACGGAUGUAUACCCGGAGAUAUAGCCCGAUCAAUUGAUUGGAUCGCAGCGUGCAUGUUGCGAACGAUAGUAAAUAUAACGAACUGUAACGAGCCCGACAACAAGAGAGCAAAUGGGGUAUCAUUAACACCGGACACCGGGACGGUUCUCCUCACAACGCCAAACAGAACCAUGGA